AUGGAGAUACCCUUAUGCCCAUACUUGCAUACCUCUAUUGAAGACUUGACGACGCUUAGCGGUUUGCCAAACAAUGCAACUUUGGAAAUGGUUCCGGCUUCUGAGACAGAUGCUAAGACGGUAGCUACAAUUGCUCUACAGGUUCCUGAACAUGGUAGAAUAGAAAAGCAAUUUGCUGUUUCUGAAUCAUUGCUGUCAGUGCUGCAAGCCUUUUCACCGCUGUUUGGUGAGGACUUGACGAUAUCUCAAGACGAAUUCGUCCCUUGCUGUUUUUAUAUGAAUCGUCAGUACCUGGGUGAAGAGGAGUUGAAACGAGUCACGCUUUCUUCUAUAGGAAUAGCAUCGGGGAGAUGUCUCAUCAGAUACCAGCGUCUACCUCUUACGGAGGAACAGAGAGCGGAAAUCGCUUGGAGACUAGCAGAGGACGCUGCGAGAAAAGAAGCAUUGUUAUCGCAUUACGCUCAGAAGAAAACGGAAAAUGAGGUUAGGGCUCAACUGGAAGCUACUCGUUUAGCGCAGUUUGAGGAGGAUAUCAGAUUGGAGCGAGAAAGAAAGCAAGCGGAGCAGCCUCACACUUCUCAUGCACCAGAAGAUGUAGAACAGCCAAUCAAUCACCCGCUUGUCCGCGACAUACUGGGUAACCCUCCUCAAAAUCAGAGCGGAUGGUCCUUUGAUGCACCUAUAUUCUCUUCUACACCCGGGACAGUUAGUACCGAUCGAUUAACCAGCUUGAAUCGGCUUCUUAAUCAGGUGGACAACUCCCUUAACAGUCCAAAUGUUCAGCAGAACGACAGGAUUACAAACAUCCUAGCUGAUGAGGGUAGAGUUCCUCUUUCACGCAUAGCAGUUGAGGCUAUGGAAGAGGACAAUGUUACAACUGCAGUCCCAACGGUAUCCUUCGUUGCGCCAUGUGAUCGUCAAUCUGUGAUAUUCUUUCGGGAGGUUGAACCAGAUACAGUGGAUACACAGCUUACUGAAGAAUUUUUCGAAGUUGGAUUGGAUGAUCUUAAGAGUAGACAGAAAGAACUGCAUGAUGAAGUUCGAAUGCUGACUCAGCGAGCAUUGAUUCCAAAAGUUUACAUAAACAGAAAAAAUCGAGAAGCCAAACUCAGUGCCUACUGUCAUACCGUGAUACGAAUUCCCAUUGGGCAGGAACGUUUAAUACAAGCACAGUUCAAAAGCGCAGAGCCGAUUUCGCGUCUGUAUGAGUGGGUGCGUAGUGUUUUGACACGAAAUGUUCAAUUCUCCUUGCAUCUGGUCCUCAACGAACCUGUUGAGGAUACUGACGCAAAGAACUUCGUUGACGUGGAUAUGGCGCCAAAAUCUACGGUCUUUUUAAAGCUCAAAGACUCAAAGAUUGACAUCGAUAUGUUGAUAAGUAAAAAUCUUCUGGAGUGUACCAAUGAAGAAGCAAACAAACUCAGUGCGGACUGGUAAGU